CCACUCUAAAAAAAGGCCACUUUCUCUUUAAAUGCAAAUUACCUCCUGCAAGCUCAGCUUCCACCCUUUCCGUUCCCUAGUUGGAGAGUGCUGAGGUCGGAGGGAACCCACACUGAAGCAUCACUCCAGACCCCAAACCUCCAGGGCCUGAGGCCUAGCCAGCAUCCAAUGGAGGACAAAAAGAAGAAAAGGAGCCCCAAGCCCUGCCUGACCCAGCCAGCCCAGGCCCCAGGCACCCUACGCAGGGUCCCAGUGCCCACCAGCCACAGCGGCUCCUUGGCCCUGGGGCUCCCUCAUCUGCCAUCCCCCAAGCAGCGGGCCAAGUUCAAGAGGGUAGGCAAGGAGAAAUGCCGCCCGGUGCUGGCCGGAGGUGGGGGCGGCUCUGCAGGCACCCCCCUGCAGCAUUCAUUCCUGACGGAGGUGACGGACGUCUAUGAGAUGGAGGGAGGGCUGCUGAACUUGCUCAAUGACUUCCACUCAGGCCGGUUGCAGGCCUUCGGAAAGGAAUGCUCCUUUGAGCAGUUGGAGCACGUGCGGGAGAUGCAGGAGAAGCUGGCCCGGCUGCACUUCAGCCUGGACGUGUGUGGGGAGGAGGAGGAAGAGGAGGAAGAGGAGGACGGGGUCGCUGAGGGGCUGCCAGAGGAGCAGAAGAAGACCAUGGCUGACCGCAACUUGGACCAGCUGCUCAGCAAUGUGGGUCAGGGCUGGGUGCUUCCGUUCCUGGGGACACUAGGCGUUGUGGGGGCGCGGGGGGGGGGGAACAUGCUUCUAAGACCAUUCCUGGUCCCUGGGUGAAAAGCUGGAGGUGCAUGGAACCGAAAGCUCUGGGCCUCUAAACCCAUACCAGAAACCCCAGACCAGAAAGCUCCUGACAGAAACCUUUCUCUCUCUGUUUUCAGCUGGAAGAUCUUAGUAAUUCUAUGUAUCCUUUCUAGGGGACUUGACUGUGUAUAUGCAGUGCAUGCCUCAGAGAUAAAAUCAGCUUCUGCCUCCCCACCACCCUCCAGGAAUGUUCACAUGUAAUCAACAUCCUUAUCCCUUUAGUCAUACUGAGUCAGAAUUAGCCACAAACUGCCCCUACCCAGGUAGAGAAGUACAUCAAGAAUUCCCUAAAUAUUAGAGAAAGACAGUUGUGGGGUUUGCCUGCUUGUCAGUGUUUGCAAGUAACUUAGCUGAUACCAUUCCAUGGCGAAUCUUGUCUGAUAUCUUCCUACUCUUCAGCAUUUUUACUUACAUUAUCUCUGCAUCUCAUCCUACUCAGAAGUAGUGGCAGUCCAUGCACCUGCAUGAUCUAAACCAAAAGCAAAGGGGGAAAGCCACCUAGGAAGAAGGGCAGAUGAGGAGUCAAGCCCAGACCACGAACCACCCCAGAGUCCCUGGCCCCUACCCCUUUGCACAGUUGGGGGAAACUAAGCCUGCGGAGGUUGGGAAAAUAGGGUUGGAAGGACUGGGGUUCAAAGCAUCACAAUCCUGGACUUCCCACUGUAGCACAGUGGGUUAAGAAUCUGCCUUGGGAGUUACCGUGGUGGCUCAACAGAAACGAACCCGACUAGUAUCCAUGAAGAAACAGGUUCUAUCCCUGGCCCGGUUCAGUGGGUUAAGGAUCUGGUGUUGCCAUGAGCUGUGAUGCAGGUCACAGACUCGGUUUGGAUCCCGCGUUGCUGUGAUUGUGGCAUAGGCCAGUAGCUGUAUCUCCUAUUUGACCCCUUUACUGGGAACUUCCAUAUGCUGCACCUGUGGCUCUG